GUCGUCUCUUCCCCAGAAAAGCAAAUUGAAGAAGGAAAAAAAAAAAGUUAAAAGCAGAGAGAGAAGAAACUGAUUUUGGGGGAGGCCAAAGCUGGGGGUUGGAUUAGCGAGAGUCCUCGGAGUCGGUUCGCGGCGGGGGGCGGCGGAUGGCGGCUGCGGCGGCGGAGAGGCAGCUGGUGGUUGCUGUCGAGGGGACGGCGGCGCUGGGGCCCUACUGGUCCACCAUUGUGGGGGACUACGUCGAGAAGAUCGUGCGGAGCUUUUGUGCAAACGAAGUGCCAGGGCAGAAGCUUGCAGGGGCACCACCUGAGCUUGCAUUAGUUGUUUUCCAUACCCAUGGACCUUACAGCGCUUUUGGUGUUCAGCGAAGUGGAUGGACAAAAGAUAUCGAUUCUUUCCUAUCAUGGUUAUCUGGAAUACCAUUCAGUGGAGGAGGAUUUAGCGAAGCUUCUACUUGUGAAGGUCUCGCCGAAGCACUAAUGAUACUUCAAGGAACUCCUAAUACAACCCAGAGUCAUCCAAACCAUGAAGCACAAAAGCAUUGCGUACUUGUCGCUGCAAGUAAUCCAUAUCCUUUGCCUACACCUGUCUACUGUCUUCCUACUCAAAGUACUGAUCACAAAGAGAACACUGAGUCAUCAAAAGAGCCUUCAAUUGCUGAUGCUGAGACCGUUGCGAAAUCAUUUGCUCAGUGCUCUGUCUCAUUGUCAGUGAUAUCUCCAAAACAGCUUCCAACACUGAAAGCGAUAUACAAUGCGGGCAAGAGAAAUCCUCGAGCCGCUGAUCCAUCAGUUGAUCAUGCAAAAAACCCACACUUUCUUGUUUUGCUAUCUGAGAAUUUCAUGGAGGCGCGGACUGCUCUAAGUCGUCCUUUGCAUGGGAACUUGGCCCCAAAUCAAACUGUAACGAAGAUGGACACCACACCUUCAGUUACUAUGGCAGGACCGACUUCAAAUGCCAACCCCUCAGUGAAUGGACCAAUGAUGGGCCGUCAACCAGUUGGUGUUGGAGGCAUUUCUACUGCAACUGUUAAAGUGGAACCAGCAACCGUACCACCAAUGGUCUCUGCACCUGCUUUCUCGCAUGUAACACCUAUUUCAAAUGUGUCUUCGCAAGGAAUAUCAGCACUGCAAACCUCAUCACCAUCUCUUAUUUCACAAGAAGCAAAUUUUGCAAAUGAUAAUGUGCAAGAACACAAACCUAUAAUACACCCUGUUCAACAGCCAGUUCGGCCUGGUGGUCAUGGUAGCCUCCUCAACAAUCUGUCACAGGUUCGGCUGAUGAAUUCAACUUCUUUAGGAGGAGGAGCUACCUCGAUGGGACUUCCUAACAUUGGAGCAACACCAAUUCAAGUCCACAUGUCAAACAUGAUAUCGAGUGGCAUGACAUCAACGCCCUCUGUCAUCUCCUCUAUGUCUGCACCUGGACAACCUAUUAGUACUCAACAAAUGGUGCAGAGCACAGCUAUUGGUUCCUUUGGCUCAAACACUUCUACUGUUUCAGGCAAUUCAAAUAUUGCUGUAUCAUCCUCUUUGCCUAGCAUCCAAAGUAGCAUGGGCAUGGGUCAAUCAGCGCAACCUGUAGCACAAGGAGGCUUGAUGGCUGGUUCACAAUUAGGACAAGGUGGAAUUGGUGCAAACCAAAAUGUGAGUGUCCUUGGGCCUACAGCUAUCUCUUCAGCGCCAGCAAUGAUGCCAACACCUGGGAUGGCCCAGCCGACAGGAGUCAAUUCCCUAGGUGUGACAAACAAUUCUGCCAUGAAUAUGCCUAUUGGGCAGCAUCCCAAUGCCCAACAACUGCCACCAAAGUAUGUCAGAAUUUGGGAGGGAACUUUAUCCGGGCAGAGGCAAGGACAGCCUGUAUUUAUUUGUAAACUUGAAGGUUAUAGGAGCGGAACAGCGUCUGAAACACUUGCAGCAGACUGGCCAGAAACUAUGCAGAUUGUUCGCCUCAUAGCUCAGGAGCAUAUGAACAACAAACAAUAUGUUGGCAAGGCAGACCUUCUAGUAUUUCGGACUUUAAAUCAGCAUGGGUUUCUUGGACAACUACAAGAGAAGAAGCUGUGUGCUGUGAUACAGCUACCUUCGCAAACUCUACUGCUGUCAAUGUCUGAUAAAGCAGGCCGUCUGAUUGGCAUGCUCUUCCCUGGGGACAUGGUGGUGUUCAAACCACAGGUCCCAACUCAGCAGCCACCGAUGCAGCAGCAGCAACUUCAACAGCAACAACAGUUACAACAGCAGCAACUGCAACAACAACACAUGCAUAUGCAGCCACAAGGCCUCCCGCUUCAGCAGCAGCCGUCGCAGAUGCAACCGAUGCAGCAGCAGCAGCAGCCGCAGAUGCAAACGAUGCAGCACCAGCAGCAGCCGCAGAUGCAAACGAUGCAACACCAGCAGCAGCAGCAGCCGCAGCAGAUGCAGCCGAUGCAACACCAGCAGCAACAGAUGCAACACCAGCAGCAACAGAUGCAACCCAUGCAACACCAGCAGCAACAGAUGCAACCGAUGCAACACCAGCAGCAACAGCAGCAGCAGCAGAUGCCACUCCAGCAACAGCAGCAGCAGAUGCAACAGCAUCAGCAGCAACAGAUGCAGCAGAUGCAACAGCAGCAGCAUCAGCAACAACAGAUGCAGCAAAUGCAGCCCCAGCAGCAGCAGCAGCAGCCCCAGAUGGUGGGCACUGGAAUGGGGCAGCAGUUCAUGCAAGGGCACAAUCGGGCGGUGCAGAUGAUGCAAGGGAAGAUGGCGCCCCAGGGUCCGGGCAGCAUGCCCGGGGGAGGCUUCCUACCUUGAAACACCCACCUCUUGUCAGCAUAGCAAGAGAAUUUACCGUGCCCCUGAAGGUUGAGAUAUUUCCUGUUGUCACCUUUAAUUGACACCUUUAGAGAAUAGUUACUUGUGCAGUGUUUCGCGGUGGAUAAAAGCGUAAACGACAACUUAUUGUACUGGGCUAACCUAAAUGGAGAAGUGUAGUUAGGUGGUGUUUGGAUCAGUACUUCAUGGAUUAAAUUUUAGCUCAGCCCCUAAAAUUUAGUUCUGUUGGGCUGUUUGGCUC